AUGCCCCAACAAUACACCUCCUUCCUCGUUUUCUACCCUUCCCAGCGAGAUCGAGAGGUUGCCUGGAACGUUGAGGCGCAUAGGCGGCCCUUAAGCCAGACCCAGCCUUUGACCCCCUCCCACUGCACCUCAGGUUCGAACGCCAGCGUCAGCAUAUGCCGAUUCGGUUGUUUGAGCAUAGAUGUCGAUGCUCAUCGAGUUGGGAUUGAGGAUGCCAUCCUCAAUGUCGCUGCAGAUCCCCAUCGGAACCUUGUCGAUGGGCGAAAUCAGACUGUCAGCUUCGUCCUUGGCGUUGGUGCACAUCUAGGCAUGUUCUCGGUGUAUCCUUUUGAUUUUUAA